AUGGCGGCGACCCCCUCGGGUGAGGUGAGUUUGCUCCUUUCGGGGGGGAGGUUAGAGGAGAAGGACCGGGGAGGGGGUGGGAAGCAGACGGGGGCCGUCGAGCGAUCUGGGCCGUUGGUUGGGGCGGAGGGCAGCCCAUCGGCGGUAGAGAUGCGCGCGCAGGGAGGCUGGGCUCUUGCGAGGCUGGCGCUAGCGCUUCGAGAAGAGGAGACUGGGGCGUUCUGUGGGCACGUGACGGAGUUACUUCAGAGUCCGCGGGCGACGAGCCGCCAGCUGGCCGGUACGAUCAUGGCCGAGUGGUUUAAGGGUUUGGGUAACCCCGAGCUUUUGUCAGUAAACGGCGGAGUCAAAACCGAAAACGGUGGCGUUAAGGGGGAGGGAGGAGCGAAAACGGACGAAGUUCCGAACGUGCUUGAUCUGCCGGCCGUGGCUGCGUUAAGGCAGAGAGCGCUGGAGCUUCUUCAGGCGAACGACCCCGGUUCCCUCACCCCGGGCUCUUCUGCCCCUUACGAAGACCUGAAGCCGAUUUACAUCAGGAUGCGCGAGGAGGCGGCGGCCAUGGGCCGGGCACGCCCGCGCGGCCGGGGCGGUGGUGUUCUUGCGGGAGCUUCCGCCGAAGUUGAACUCCGUAAUCCAGCCGCUGAUGGGGUCGGUGCGGUUCGAGCGGAAGCAAGUCUGCAGCUGCUGGCGAUGCAUUGCGACCCUCGCAGAAGCGGCGACCGAGUUAGCAAUGCUCUCCGUUUUGAGCACGUUAACACCGAUGUUGGGAGACGCAAAGAAAUGCUGAGGCGCGGAGGGGCGCUGCCGGGGCGGUCCUAA